AUGUCCAACCCCAGCAGCACGCCGGCCAACGACCUAGAAGACAGCAAUGGCGAUGGCGCGGUGGAAACAAAAACUGCCUCUAGCUCCGAUAUCUCGGCGACUCCCGCGGAUGAUCUCUAUACACCGCUGCUCAUGUUCAUCUGCGAACACGGUUUCAUGCGGGAGAAGCGGUACCCCGUUCCACGGUCUGUGCGGGUUCGAUUCGUACGUGAUGUACGUGCAGAGGCACGGGUGCUUGGGUUCGAGCGGGCCGUUGUUGAUAGGGUGCUUCUUGACAUCAAGAGGUAUUAUCUAACCAAAGUUGGGCAAUGCCAUGUGUUUGAUGACGGGGCUGCGUUUGGAGAGGAGGUUGAUGAUUCGAGCUCAUCCGAGGGGUUGGAUGUGAAGACAAAGCCUUCGAAGCCGCAAGCAAAGCGCAAGCGCAAGAGGAGCAGCGGCGAAGAACCUGCAAAAGAAACGAUUCAAAUCCCAGUAAAGGCCAGUCAAGGCAAGACCAAAAGGCCCUCGAGGCCCAAAAAGGGUGAGAAGGAGACAAAACUGCAAAAUCAGCCCAAGAGGAGAAAACGCUCCUCAAAAGCGUCUUCAGAUACAAAGGCUCUUAAGGCCGCCAAUGAUUUGCCGGGGUUGACUGCCGGCGAUGAGGUGAGGUCGAAAUACUUUGUGAAAAGCCAUGUCUCGAAGCCUGCUGAUGCUGAAGUUUCGUGCGAGUCCCCUAAUGGACAUUCUGUCCCAGACGGUGUUCUGAGGCUGCUUGAGGAUAUGGGUCUAGGUUCCGAUCUCCUACUAUCCGAUUCGACUUUGAGUGACGUACCAAGUGACCUGGAGGAUAGUCCUACACCGUCUCCGGCUCGCCUACCAUCUCCGAAGUUCGGUGGUACUGAUAAUGAUCCUAGCGGGAUAUCUGAUGCCAAAAUAGAUCCCAUUAAAUCCUCCCAUUUUACUGUCGAUGUUAGAGAACAAACUCCGCCGCAGCUUGAUUUUUCACUAAACCCUACACUCAUCUCAGAUAAAAAAGCUCGCUCAAAGCCAACAAAGGUGUCACCAUAUUUCCAAGGACCUUUAAUUAACGAGGACUCUUGUCUGCCCUUUCCGCCAAUUGAUGCGCCGGCAUUCGGCCUAGUCCAGGAACAACUCGCGCACGACCCAUUCCGUUUACUACUUGCUACCAUCUUCCUCAACCGCACGCGAGGAGGCGUCGCGCUCCCGAUCCUAUUCCAGGUCUUUGAUAGAUACCCCACAAUAGAGGCCAUGGCUACAGCAGACCCAUCAGAACUAACAGCUAUGAUUAACCGCCUCGGUUUCCAAAACCAGCGCGCAAGAAAAUGCAUAUCCCUAGCGCAGACAUGGCUGGGCCGUCCGCCUUGUCGGGGUAAACGGUACCGGAAACUCAAUUACCCAAGUAAGACAGAUGGAAGAGACGUCAAGCCGGACGAAUGCAUCGACGACGACGACCAGCGCGUGGCUUGGGAAGUCGCCCAUCUUCCUGGGGUUGGGGCAUAUGCGUUAGACAGCUGGCGGAUUUUCUGCCGCGACGAGCUGCGGGGUUUAUCUUCGGACUGGCAGGGGAGUGGUGCUGCAACGGCAGGAUUUACUCCCGAAUGGAAAUCAGUGUUGCCGCAAGAUAAGGAACUCCGUGCCUACUUGACCUGGAUGUGGUUGAAGGAGGGAUGGGUUUGGGACCGAGAGACGGGAGAAAGGACACCCGCAAGUGAGAAAGUGAUGCGGGCUGCGCGGCGGGGAGCUACUGCUCAUAUCGAGGCCGGGAACUGGGUUCUUGAGACGUCUCCAGUGAAGCCAAACACCAGCCUCCCAUUGCAUUGUCCUCUUUCAACGCUUCAAUCGUUUCGUCCAAAACUCACAAAACGAAUUCGGACAAGGGGGGCAGGGGAUAAAAAGGAAGAAAGACAGCGCUUCGUUGGCCGCCGUCUUCUCUCACCUUCCAACCCACGAACCUCCAUUAAUUCGAACCCAUCCCACGCCAUGUUCCUGCCACUGAGACUAAAUGACCGCGAUCGUAACAGGGAACGGAAUAGGAAACUCUCAUCCACAUCUUCUACCUCUCUCAAAUCAAAACACCGUCAACAAAGGACGUCGUCCCAGAAACAAUCCAGCCGACCGUCAACCAAGGAUCCAGAAGAACCCGAACCACCGGUCCGCUCCUCCACCCCUACCACCUCCGCUCCCAGGUCCCGCAAACAACGUCGGUCCUCCAUGCCCGGCCUCGACAGCGCCAGCCGCUCCGGCACGGCUUCCUUCCUCGAGUCGAGGACGAGUUUGCCGUAUCCUACUUUUUCGAAGGCUCAUAGCAAGGAGGCCGUUGGCAAACCGGGCGUCCCUACACCAGAUCCGACCGACCUAACCGAGCAGAACCAGGACGAUGAAGACAAAAAUGACACCAAACAGCAACACCAUGAUAGUCGGAAUGCGCCGCCAAGUCCCCCAUUGACGAGUGUGGAUCAACAUUCGCGAAAGGGGAGCACCGUCGACGAUAAGGGGGAGAAAACCACCGAAAAGACGAAGGAUGGGAAGACAAAAAUCAGAAUAAAAACAGACGUGAAUCGGUCAUCGUCAAGCCUGCGCGCUAAAAAGGAUGACAGCAGCAAGACGAGCAAGUCGACCGUCCGACCGGAGACCCCGAAAGCGAAGCGCUCAAGUUACAGUAAAGACUCGCCAUCUCGGACCGCCAGUCACAAGCCAUCCAAAUCAAAACUCGAUCCAGAUCGCAAGCGGAGCUCUGUUGUCUCUCCUCCUCGCUCUCCGCCAGUUCGAGAUGUAGGCAUGGAAUCCGCCCACGGCUCCGACGCAACUAUCGCGGCUCCUCGCCAAUCGCCCUCUUCCAGAGUGAGAAGUCCCGAGAAGCCACCGUCUCGCAACCAAACGCGCUCUUCCGCGUCGAAUCGCCCGGCUUCCGCAAACCGCAACCGCACACCGUUCGAGGCUGCAAUGGAUUAUGGACGUCCGCCAACUACAGGCUCCACAUACGGCACUCCACCUCCGCCGCCACCUCCCCCAGAUGUCCCGGUCUCAAACCCUCGGGUUGAUUAUCUACUUCAUAAUGGAGGCUUAGAUUACCAGGUGCCAAAAUCUCUCCUCUUAAACACGGUGUUUGGCGAUCAACCCCAAGUCCAGCCCCAUCUAGCGGCUAGUAGAGUGUUUGAACCUUUCAGUCGUCUUCUAGAUGACUAUCAGCAUGUUGUAAAUAAAAAUGGUUCGCUUGCUGUCGCUACAGGGUCUAGGUCCGUGGCUCGUCGCCUACUCGACCGACUAGAAGCUGUUUUUGCCCGCGACAUCUCGUCGGAGUCGUGCCGUUGUCUUAUGUGUGAACAUGAUGAGUUGGAGGAUAUCCCAUCAGGUGUCAGUUGGGGCGAAGUACUAGAGCUAGUAUCCGGUCGUCGAGAGCUUCCUAAUUGGCCGCCAUUCAUCCUUACAACAGAACUAGGAGCUGCGGAUGUAUCUGGUGAAGAGCAUAUCCCUAUGCAGAAGAUGGACAUUGACGUUCCGGAAGAGUACCGCGACCAUUUCCUCCGACAGUCGCGCAAAACAAAACUCGCUGUUGACAAUUGGCUGACCGAGCAAGUCGAACAGCCAACAAGUGCGCCAGAUGAGGUGGACGAUGAGACCCUUACUUUCGCCAUGUUAACCCAUCUUGCAAAUGACCAAAGACCUAUCUUCCGUGCUUUGCUAGGAAUCUCGUCCACGUCGCCGACCCCACGACCAGAUGGACAGCCCCGGGAACGGCCGCCUGCUCUUACUUCGUCAUCCUUUGCAAUUGAGCGACUGUACCGUUUGUCAUCUAAGCCCCGGGAUCCUGAAACCGCGAUGUACAUGCUGAAUAACCCCGGAAUGCACCAUGUGCUAGCCACGCUCGCAGCCAUCAGCGACGAUGAGUGGGAUAUUCUGAUAUCAGGACGCUUCGACGGAUUCCUUCGCAGCGGAGCCGAGGACUCUACUCCCAAUCGAUGGAGCAACAGUCGGUCAAACACCCCAUUCAGUACUGGACGUAUGUCUCGCGGUCCUACGCCCAACCCGCUCGACCGUCCAAUGAGCCAACCACAAGGCGGACCAGGCUCUCCAGGUUCAUUCGGCGGCCCGAUCGCUCUGGACGAGGAAAUGGAGAUCGCCGCUCUAGCAGAAGUCGAGCGAGAAAUAUACGCCGGAAUGGAAGCUCUCGAAGAUGCAUUCGAAGCGCUACACUGCAAAGCGGAAACCGUACGUAUUGCCCUGCGCGAGCGCGGCGCUGGCCUGUCAAUCGCCAACCAGAACCGCCGAGGAACAUUUGUCGAAGCUCGACUUGGCACCCCCGGACCCCACCCAUGGGAAAGUGGUACGGACGACGACUUCUUUGACGACGUGCAAUCAUUGGCACCUGAUGACUCGGCCAGCAACAUCAGCUCUAACCGCCGGCGCCGUCCGAAGCGACGUACUGAACGCCGCACACCCGCGCCCGUUGAGGAGGAAGACGAGGGUGAAGAGGGAUCACACACCGGGCGACGGGAUAGUCGGAACUCAAGGAGAAGAUAA